AUCUAUUGUUGACUCGUGCGAUUUUUUAAUGCGAGUGCUUUUUCUAGUUUUGCUUCGUUUGCAGCGAUUGUUUAAAAUAAUAAUGGAGAAUUUCAGAGAGGUGAAGAAGUUGCGCAUCUCGGACAAUGCCGAGUCCGAGGAUGACGCCUGGUCUUGGCCAGGUGUCAUAAGGGUGCUCCCGAAAGAUGCGGAGGAGAAGUGUCAUACACCGGAUGUCAAACGGGUGGUGGUCGUAACUCCGGACGACACCGCCUCGUCUCUCGUCCAAUAUCUGGAGCGGCGAUAUCCGGAAGUUCCGGAAUGGACGGUGGAGACACCGUCAGGUGAGACCGGAGUGGACAGAAAGGAGUCCGAAAAAAUGGUGGAAGAGUCCGUGGUGCGUAAAAGGCCUUGGUGGAAAAGAUUGUUUUGCUGCUGGAAGACAUAAACCUCUUCUCUGCCCAGGCCUUCUUGUGCAGAUUUCGACUUUCCACCGAAUGUAACAUCGCCACUCGGAAGUGACCUUUCACCCGAAUGUGACACUCACUAGGAAUUGACCUUUCACCCGAAUAUGACACUCACCAGGAAUUGACCUUACACCCGAAUACGACACUCACCAGGAAUUGACCUUUCACCCGGCUACGACUUAAUCGACUGGACUUGACUUUCCAUCCCAAUUUACGGACAGAUACUUCGACACCAUUCGAGAUUCGGUUAAAGUACAUAGAACAACGACAGUGACAUCAAGCAAGUGCUCUCGUGUUUAAUUAAAGACAGUUUAAACGACUAUAACUGGCUAAAACAACUUAUAUUCUACAGACAUUUACAUUGUAUUUUAUACGGUGUUCUACUGCUAAAAACUUUCACCGCGAAAUAACGAACACCCGCCACUAAAAGGCAUACCAGACGAAGACCAUUUCAACAUUGAAUUUAAAUAAACCAAAAAAUACAUGUACUCGGUUUG